AUGGACCCCGCGGAGGGUUCACUCCACUCCUCACCAUCCCCGACCGCAGAUUUCUCGCGCUCGCAACAUCAACAGACAGAGAACCUGAACCAGAAGCAGAGGCGAAGACGGAAGAAUGGGGAGAAGAAGAAGAAGAAGAAGAAGAAGAAGAAGAAGAAGAAGAAGAAGAAGAAGAAGAAGAAGAAGAAGAAGAAGAAGAAGAAGAAGAAGAAGAAGAAGAAGAAGAAGAAGAAGAAGAAGAAGAAGAAGAAGAAGAAGAAGAAGAAGACGAAGAAGAAGACGAAGAAGAAGACGAAAGAAGACGAAGAAGACGAAGAAGACGAAGAAGAGACGAAGAAGAAGAAGAAGAAGAAGAAGAAGAAGAAGAAGAAGAAGAAAAGAAGAAGAAGAAGAAAGAAUAAUAGAGAAUAA